CUCUAACACAGUCAGCCGUUUAUUACGGCCAGUGUGACGCUUUCAUUCGAACUUGUUACGCGCUGCGAAUACACGGAGUUUCCGCGAUCACUUGGACGCGAGUCUGUGCACGGUUGAUCCUAAUCGGACCUGGUGGCCGGGUGUGUCUUCGAUCAAUUAGCUAAUUCGUUACUCGUUGAGCAACUCAAUUUUUCGCCUCAUUUUAUUUGAUCUCACGAAGGAAGGAAUCCACGAAUUUCGCAAGCGAGUCCAAACAUCGAUCGCCGUUGCUCCACCCCCUGCCAUGUCACUGCCAGCAGCCGUGACUCUCUCGCUUCUCCAGGCGACGCUCCUCGUCGCCCUGGCCAACGCCGGAUGUCCGAUGUUACCGACGCCCGCGCAAACUUCCGCUCAACGGAGCCCCGGCGACGGCGGCUUUAAAAUCAUGAGCAGCGGACGGAACGACAAAUACAAACCAAAUACCGUUUACACCAUUGGCAUUCGAGGAUCUCUGGAGGACGAGACGGUUCCGCCUUUCAGGCGUUUCACCCUUUCGGUGGAUUCUCAACACGACCCGGCGAGUCCGAUAACGAAAGUGGGCUCGCUGCAACUUUUUGGGAACUCGUUGACGGCGUUCAACGAGGAUUGCGUGAAUACGGUAUCGGAAGCCUCGGAUGUUGAGAAGUCGGAAAUCCAAGUGAUGUGGCGUUCGCCACCCGAGGGCUCGGGCUGCGUCGUCUUCACCGCGAUGGUCUUCGUCGACCGGCGCACUUGGUACGCCGAGGACGGAGGCCUCGUGAGAACCUUUUGCGAAUCGAGGCCAGAAGAAAAUGAAGAUCCUGCGACAACGUGCUGCGCCUGCGACGAAGCGAAAUACUCGCUGGUCAUGGAAGGAAUUUGGUCGAACGUCACGCACCCGAAGGACUUUCCGUUUUCCGCGUGGCUCACACAUUUCAGUGAUUUGAUCGGCGCCUCCCACGAGCCGAGUUUCUCCUUCUGGGGACACGGGACUGUCGCGACCGACGGUUUUCGACAGUUAGCCGAAUGGGGUUCGGCCUCGGGGGUGGAAGCCGAGCUCCGAGCCAACUCCAAGUACUUGAGGACCCUGGUCAAAGCGGCUGGACUCUGGUACCCGAAUGUCAACACAAAUACGACGACGAGUUUUCGCGUCGACAAGAAGCACCCACUUUUGUCGGUGGCCUCGAUGCUGGGACCCUCCCCCGAUUGGGUCGUUGGUGUGAGCAAGUUCAAUCUCUGUCAACGCGAUUGCACGUGGAUGAAUCGAGCGACGAUCGAUCUUUAUCCUUGGGACGCCGGAACCGACAAUGGAAUCAGCUACAUGUCACCAAACUCCGAAACUCAACCUCGAGAAAAAAUGAAGCCCAUCACCACGAUCUACCCUGAAGAUCCUCGAUCGCCCUUUUACGAUCCAACCGGAAGACCCAUGCUACCACUCGCUCGACUUUAUCUCAAUCGUGAAAAAGUCAUUCAGCACAGCUGCGAUGAAGAUAGCCUCAAACAGCAGCUCGCCGAGUUCGAAGUGGCGGAAAAUACUGAAGACACUUCUAGACCCGAGUGUCAGACGUCAGCAUAUACGGCAUUCUCACCAUGUUCAGUGAGCUGUGGGAAAGGCCUGCGAAUGCGUACGCGCGCUUACUCGAUGCCCGAGAAAGCAAAGAUGCUCGGCUGCAACAGACAGCUCGUAUCGAAAGAGAUGUGUGUCGCAGCUGUCGCCGAAUGUCCCGGUGAAGAGGAGAAUAGUCAAGAUCUGGAUGAAGUCGCAUUGAAUCGUAACGACGAUGGAGUCUGUAGAACCACCGAAUGGGACAACUGGUCGGAAUGUUCUUCGAACUGUGGAAUUGGUUUUCGCAUGCGAACUAGAAGAUUUUACGACCGUAUGGGUAGAAAGAAGUGCCCGCAGGUCUCCUUGGUGGAGAAGGAAAAGUGCAUGGGGCCUCCUUGCGGGGCUGGAGACGUGGAAACCGUGGAUCCAAGUUGCAAGGUCACCGAAUGGACGGAUUGGUCGCCCUGCAGUGCCUCGUGCGGCAAAGGAGUCAAACUGAGAACAAGAUUGCUCAUGGUUGAUCCAUCUAGGCAAGAAGAAUGUGCUACGAGAGUCGAAUUGCUUCAGCAGCGGAGCUGCCUCGUUCAAGCUGAUUGCACUUUUGACAUGGCUACUGCAAAAGUUGUUUGCAUGGAGGAAGCGGACGUUGGACCAUGUCGAGGUUAUUUCCAACGUUGGGCUUUCGAUCCAAGGAAAUUAAUGUGCGUCUCAUUCGUCUACGGUGGAUGUCGAGGGAACAGAAAUAAUUUCUUGACGUCGGAAGAGUGCUCGAGUACUUGUGGCAUUGUAAGGGUUGCUCUGACUGGACAAACCCUCCCUGAUCCAGCAGGACUCCAAAAUCGCAUAGAACCGCCGCGCCCUGCGCCCGUUGAUUGCAUGGUCACCGAGUGGUCACCUUGGACACCGUGCAAUGUUUCCUGUGGUCCCGGACGCCUUACCAGUUUCCGUAUGAUUAAGCGUCAUCCUGAAAACGGGGGACGACCUUGUCCCCGGAAAUUGCAGAGGAAAGCACGUUGCAUGCUGGCGCCCUGCGAGUAGAAAUUUUCGUUCGAGCACCAAAUUCAUUGUAUUGUGCUGAUUCCAACAUUUUUUUACUCAUUAUUAGCCAUAUUUUUUCAUUGACAAUUAUCGUAUUAUAAUUACACGUGUAAAUCAAAGUGAAUGAUAAAUAAAUGCGAGAGCCUCGUGCUGAUUAUAUUUA